CACAAGGCUGCUAGAGAGAGGGUGAACUUCCUGAAAGCUUCUUGUGCCUGUAACCUCAGGUGUAGCCAAACUCAAGCCCUGACUCCCCUUUUAACCACAGUGCCUUCUCUUCUUUUCUCUUUGGUCCCUGAAGCCAGCACCAGCCCCACCUCAGGCCUGGGCACCGCUGCCAUCAUUGGCAUCCUGGUCGUGGUGUUCGUGGCGCUGCUGGUGGCCGUGGAUGUCACCUGCUACUUCCUCAACAAGUGCGGGCUCCUCAUGUGCAUCGCUGUCAACAUGUGCGGCAAAUCCGGCCCCGGGGCCAAGGGCAAGGACAUGGAGGAGGGAAAAGCUGCCUUCUCGAAAGAUGAGUCCAAGGAGCCCAUCGUGGAGGUGCGGACGGAGGAGGAGAGGACCCCCAACCACGACGGGGGCAAACACACGGAGCCCAACGAGACCACCCCGCUGACAGAGCCAGAGCACCCCGCCGACAGCGCAGCCACCGUGGAGGACAUGCUGCCUUCUGUCACCACGGGCACCACUAACUCUGACACUAUCACUGAAACCUUUGCCACUGCCCAGAACAGCCCCACCAGCGAGAGCACCACGCUGACCUCCAGCAUUGCCCCUCCGGCCGCGGCCGCCCCCGACUCCAACUCCGUGGCGCCCGGCCAGGCCACCCCGGCCAAAGGGGCGGCCGCCGCCUCGGUGUCGUCACCGCCACCCUCCUCCACCCCCAAAGUGGCCCCUCUCGUUGACCUCAGCGACACCCCGAGCUCUGCUCCGGCCGCUAACAGUUUGUCUUCAAGUGUCCUGUCGGGCCAGGGCGCGGUGCUCAGCCCCAGCGCCGCCACCGAGGCCUCCAAAGCAGCGGCCGGGAACAAGCCGGCUGCCCCCGGCCCUGCCAACCUCACGAGCCCUGCAGCUCCAUCAGAGCCCAAGCAGGAGGCCUCCAGCGCCAAGAGCCCCGAGAAGGAGCCUGUGCCGCCCAGCACAGUGAAGAGCCCCACGGAGACACCCAAGAACCCGAGCAACGUGAAGAGCGAGGCUGCCUCGGGCGGCGCCACGAACCCCUCCCAGAACGAGGACUUUAAAAUGGACGAAGGGAACUUCAAGACACCAGACAUUGAUCUUGCAAAGGAUGUUUUUGCAGCUCUUGGCACUGCUCCUGCCAGCGUGGCUGGUGGGCAAGCUCACGAGCCUGCUCCUUCCACUGCAGACAGCUCUGUACCCGCUGCGCCUGCAAAGACCGAGAAAACCCCAGUAGAAGACAAAUCCGAAGCGCAGGUGACAGACAGGAAGAGCCCUCCAGCAGAAGUGAAGACGGUCCCCAACGAAGCCACACAAACAAAUGAGAACGAGAGCAAAGCAUGAUCAGCGGCGCCGCAGCGAGAGCGUUAAAUCACAGCCCACACACCCAUCUCA